AUGUUCGGUGUUUCGGUAGUUGAACUAUGGCCGUUUCUUUUUGAUGUCCUGGCAGCGUGCAUGGUAACUAUAAAGACGGGGUUGUUGCCCGUUUGUUUUCAAGUUGGGAUAUCAUCCUCUCUCAGCACCAGCUUAACCUGUGAACAACAAUUAUCAACAUCAACAUCACCAGAUAAAAUGGUCUCCCUACACCCCCUCCUCGACAACGGCAUCACCCCCGGCUCGGACUCGUUCCCCGGCGGCACCCUCAAAUGCCUCUGCCCCUCCUUCCCCGUCGAGAUCACCCUCACCACCAACGUCGCUCACAACCACGCCUGCGGCUGCUCCAAAUGCUGGAAGCCCGCCGGCGCCCUCUUCUCCAUCGUCGGCGUCGUGCCCCGCGACGAGCUCUCCGUCACCGCCAACGGGGACAAACUAGCCAUUGUGGACGAGUCGGCCGUCAUUCAGCGGUACGCCUGCAAGGAAUGCGGGACUCAUCUGUACAGGAGGAUUGAGAAGGAGCAUCCGUUCUACGGACUGGACUUUGUGCAUGCCGAGUUGAGCGAGGAGGAGGGGUGGCAGGAGCCGCAGUUUGCGGCUUUUGUGAGCAGUGUUAUUGAGCAGGGGUUUGAUCCGGCCAAGAUUGGGGAGGUGAGAGCCAGGUUUAGGGAGUUGGGGUUGGAGACGUAUGAUAGUUUGAGUCCGCCGUUGAUGGAUGCCAUUGCUGCUUGGACGGGGAGGAAGAUAUGGGAAGUAUGA